CCAAGCUGUUCUCAAAUUUUCUUUACCUAUUUAAUCUGUCUCCGCUAAUUCAAGGUCAAUGUCAACUCGUGAAGACGCUGAACGAUUUAGGGAUUUCGGCAACGAUCAAGGCCUUAAAGGACCACUCGAACUUGAAGGCGAUGCUGAGCUCGACUUUCUGGAAAGUGGGACUCUUCGUGGACUCCCGGUGCUCUGUCGAAAGUACCUCCUUUAUCUUAACCGAGGCUGGAAAAUACGGCAUGUACGGCGAGCUGCAUAAAUGGCUGAUCCUGGGAGCAGAUUUAAACGCUCUCUUGCAACCCAUAAACGAUGAUGCCUUCGGCUUUCUCACCGAUUUCGUGGUGGCGGAAGUAACGGGCAAUAAAUCCACGUUAUACGACAUUUAUAAUCCUCACAAAGCUCGAGGUGGUACCUUGAACACGACAAAACUGGGUUCUUGGACGCAGGGAGAAGGGCUGACCGUCGACCUGGUCCAGGAAAAGUUCCCAAGAAGAGCUAAUCUUCACGGCAUGAAGCUGAAAGUCACCAGCAUCACCCAGUACAGGCCGAACGACACGAAGCUGGAGGACUACCUUGAAGAUUAUACAACACGGUCUCGAGACAGAAUUUCCAAGUACACUUAUGCGAUCCUCCGAGACAUCGCCGAUCUCUUUAACUUUACAAUGGAGAUAUCGGAGGUCGGCAUGUGGGACAAGAUCCAGCCGAAUGGUUCUCACAGUGGCCUGAUGGGAGCUUUGCAAAGAGGAGAAGCAGACUUCGGAGGUUGCACAGCAGUCAUGACCGCGGAAAGGCUCGGCCUCGGGAAAAUCAUCGGUCCAGCCUGGCCAUUUCGAACGUGCUUCAUGUUCCGUUCGACGCCGACCAAACUAAGAAACGAGCUCUGGCGAGCCCUGUCUCCGGAAUCCUGGUACUCCGUCCUCCUGUUGUCAGCCUUUACCAUUUUGAUCUUCGGUCUGGUAUUAAUAUCCGAAAGUGCAGACCACUGGUUGCAGAUAUGUACGGAUGCCUCGAUGCUGACGAUCGGGUCUCUGUGCCAGCAAGGUUCUUCAUAUAUCCCUAGUCGAGCAGCUGGUCGAAUCGCGUUUCUUCACCUUCUCGUCUUCAGUUUGAUGAUGUACAAUUACUAUUCAGCGAGUAUCGUCUCGGCACGCCUAAGCGAGCCCUUGGAUAAGAUGAACGAUUCCCUGAGUCAAUUAGCUAAAAGCUCGUUCGGCAUCGCAGCUGAGCCAAUUCCAUACACCGACUUCCUCUUGACGGUAAAACGUGCAACUCCACCUGAAAAAUCCUUAAAUAUCAUGAAUUAUAAUUGGAUCGAUUCCGAAUCAAGUGAGGAGCACAUCUCGCUAGCUAAAUCUCUUAACGUACCACGAACAAUAUCGCGGAACGCUUUGGCGUCGACGCGUUUCCUGGACGGGGUGUCCCAAUGUCGAAUAUUUCCAAAGACAUCGCCCGACUGGGAGGUGAGGACAUUUUAUAGGAAACGCUGGGCGAAUUUGCCGGACUCGAAGAGGUAUCUGCCCCUGGAGGAAGGUAUCAAAAGGAUGUCCGAAGGCAACUUCGCGUAUCACACCGACCCGAACAACGGGUACCCCUUCGUGGAGAAGUUCUUCGACGACAAGAUGAUCUGCGAACUGACGGAGGUUCAUUUAUUUCAACCCACCAUGAUGGCUCUUUGGGCAAGUUACGAAAGCCCUUUGGUGGAGAUGGCGAAAGUCGGAUUGGCAAAACUUACCAAUAUGGGAUUAAGAGUACGCCAGGUGAAGCGAUGGAGCUCUAGAAGGCCUCACUGUGAAGCUGGGUCCUUGACCUUGAAGAGCAUUACCAUUUUCGAGACAGCUCCUGCCUUGAUAGUCCUACUCGUGGGGUCCAUUCUGGCGACUGGGAUCUGUUUCAUGGAAAUAAUCGUCUUCAAUCGACUUAAAGGGUACCGAGAAGAGAAUUUCAAUGGCGUUCCUCGCUCUUUCAGGGAAAAAUGGUCACGGAUGGUCUUACGAUUUCAGAGCACGAGAAUCUUACGUGAAGAGGGCCAAGGCUGGCGGAAGGAAGAUAAAGCUAAACUCGCUUCGACUAUUCGACUCUGUCCCGCGGCGCGGAUAAAAAGGAAUUCCCGUAGAAUAAGAUUUCUUUUUUUUUUUCUUCAAGCCUUACUUUCUAUUAUCACGAGCCAUUGCACGGAGUGAAAUAGCCAAUAGAGUUUCCGUUUAAAAAGAUAAGCCGACGAAUGUAAGCGCCAUCGAUCACGGUACAAGCACGAACGUUUCAUCCGAGCUU